GAAACUUACCUUCUCUGCAAACAUAAAGUAUCUGGCAGAAAAGGCAGACCAGAAGGUGGAAACUAUGAGGCGGCUGCUCCCAAACAUAGGGGGACCUAGUUAUUUUAAGAGAAGAGUGCUGUGCACAAUACUGCACAGUGUACUACUGUAUGCAGCCCCUGUGUGGAGAGCAGCAAUAAAAAGAGAUAAACAAAAGCUAGAAUUGGUGAAAAUGCAGAGAAGGGGUUUGCUCAGAGUGGUGUGCGCGUAUAGGACGGUCUCAGCGGAGGCUGUACAGGUGAUCGCGGGCUAUCCACCAAUAGACCUGAUAUUCGCGGAAACGUGCUUCCUGUACAAGAUAGGCUCCAGGUUACCGGGAAAUAGGAGGAUGGCGAAAAAGAGAACCAUAAGAAUGUGGCAAACGAGGUGGGAAGCAGAAAGCAGAACGGCAGGAUGGACCCGCACCCUGAUAGGUGACCUGGAGGGGUGGAUGGCCUGCGAACACAGGAGGACCGGUUACUACUUCACCCAGUUCCUGACUGGACACGGGUCGUUCGGUACGUACACAAAAAGGAUCAAAAAAACAGAAAGCGACCAGUGCCAGAGGUGUGGUAUGACCGACGACCCAGAACACGUAUAUGGGACAUGUGUAAGAUGGGAAGAGGAAAGGAGCUGGGUGAGGAGUCAACUACAAAGACUCCCAGACAUAAACUCGCUAAUUACAGAGAUGACCGAAAGUAAAAAAACGUGGACCGUCAUGUAUGAAUAUAUCACGAACAUAAUGAAGAGGAAGGAAGAGGAAGACCGAAGGAGGGAACAACAAGCCGGUCCAUAGUGCAUAGGAGGCCACCGAUGUAAGAGCAAAGAUGCUCAUUUUUUCCGGUGGUUCUCGCUAUAUUUUAAAAGGGGAGGGGGUUUUAGUGAGGUGAGAGUCCCACACAAAUCCAGCGGCAACGUAACAUCUUCUGGCCCGCCGCUGGAGAAGGCAUUAGCUUUCCCCCUA